GUUACAAAACACAACAAAGUCACGUGGCAAUUCUGUCUCCGUCUCUAAAGGACCCUUUGCUGGCCAUGGGGCCUGACAUGGAAUAAUUUUUUUAGGUUUCCCCACUUGAAAAAUAAAGAUGCUUUCUCCCCAGAACUCAGAACCCAGGUUGAUGAGAUACGUCCUGCUGCUCUGCUUCACCAAAUGUCUAAAAGCCUUAGGAAUUUUUGAAUCAUAUGAUCUCCUCAAAGUUGUUCAUAUUGUCCAGUUUACGUUUGUACUUAAGUUAGGGUCUGCUUUCUUCUUAGUGUUGUUUCAGAAACCAUUUUCUUCAGGGAAAGCAGUUACAAAACAUCAGUGGAUCAGAAUUGUAAAACAUGCGUUUGGUGGCUGUAUCAUCUCCUUGCUGUGGUUCUUUGGCCUAACUCUUUGUGGACCAUUAAGAACAGUAUUGUUAUUUGAGCACAGUGACAUUGUUGUCAUCUCACUGCUUGGUGUCUUGUUUACCAGCUCAGGAGGAGGACCAGCAAAGACAAGAGGAGCUGUGUUUUUCAUCAUUGCUGUGAUAUGUUUGCUGCUGUUUGACAAUGAUGACCUUAUGGCAAAGAUCGCUGAACACCCUGAAGGACAUCAUAGCAGUGCACUUACCCAUUGCCUUCACAGAGUUAUCUCAUUCCUGGGAGUGGCAGAUCACAAGGGUGGGGUUCUUUUGCUGGUGGCAUCUCUCUGCUUUAAGGUUGGAUUCAACACAGCAUCUCGGAAACUGUCUGUGGAUAUUGGUGGAAUGAAACGUCUUCAUGCAUUAUCUCAGCUUGUGUCUGUUGCACUGUUGUUCCCAUGGGUCAUAGUCCUGUCUGCUACAACAGAGAGCAACGUUGAAUCUUGGUCUUCUCUUAUUAUGCCGUUUGGAACAGUAAUCUUCUCUGUAAUGGUCCUGGAUUUCUAUGUGGAAUCAAUAUGUGCCACCAAGAUGGAAGCUUCCAGAAGUGCUUGCUACAGUUCAAGUCUAAUUUUUCUCAGUGCCCUGCUUCUUGCCAACUUUUGGACGCAUCCAAUAACAGAUCAGCUUCGAGCAAUGAACAAGCCAGUACACCAUGAAAUCACUGAACAUGUGCUGUCUGGAGGUGUGGUGGUUAGUGCUGUUUUUUUCAUGUUAGCUACCAGUAUUCUUUCAUCACCAUCAAGAAAAGGACACAAGGGCACACUUAUCGGAUAUUCUCCUGAAGGUACUCCCCUCUAUAAUUUCAUGGGAGAUGCAUUACAACAAACUUCUCAGUCAUUACCCAGGUUUAUAAAGGAGUCUCUCAAGCAAAUUCUUGAAGAGUAUGACUCAAGACAGAUAUUUUACUUUUUAUGUUUAAAUAUGGCAUUUACUUUUGUGGAACUUUUUUAUGGCGUAUGGACCAACAGUCUAGGUCUAAUAUCUGAUGGCUUCCACAUGCUGUUUGACUGCUCUGCGCUAGUGAUGGGCCUACUCGCUGCUUUAAUGACCCGUUGGAAAGCAACUCGCAUUUAUUCAUAUGGGUAUGGUCGUGUUGAAAUCCUUUCUGGAUUUAUCAAUGGACUCUUUCUAGUGGUGAUUGCAUUCUUUGUAUUUGUAGAGUCUGUAACAAGAGUAUGGGAUCCACCAGAUAUAAAUACAGACAUGCUAACACCAGUCUCUGUCGGUGGGCUUCUAGUAAACUUGAUUGGUGUCUGUGCUUUUAGCCAUGCCCAUUCGCAUGGAAACUCUCGAGGAGGAUGUCAGUCCCACGAGCACAACCAUGUACACCAUGGACAUGGACAUGGGCAUGGACACUCACACAGUGAGCAUGGUCAUGGUCACAGCCACGGGCAUAAUCAUUCCCACAGUUCCUCAGGUGGAGGAAUGAAUGCUAACAUGAGAGGAGUGUUUCUUCAUGUGCUGGCAGACACACUAGGCAGCAUUGGAGUAAUUGUGUCUACAUUAUUGAUUCGUCAGUUUGGAUGGCUUAUUGCAGACCCAAUUUGCUCUCUCUUCAUUGCUACCUUGAUAUUCUUCAGUGUUAUCCCAUUGCUAAAGGAUUCCUGUCAGGUUCUGGUGUUGAGAAUCCCAGUGGAGCAUGAAAAAGAUCUCAGUGGUGCUUUGGAAAAGAUCCAGAAUCUUGAUGGAGUUAUAUCAUACCGGGAUCCCCAUUUUUGGCGUCACUCUGCAAGUGUUGUAGCAGGAACGGUCCAUGUACAAGUCAUGUCUGAUGUUGUAGAACAGAGAAUUAUUCAGCAGGUUACUGCUGUCCUUAAAGAGGCUGGUGUGAACAACCUUUCUGUACAAGUGGAGAAAGAAGCAUACUUCCAGCACAUGUCUGGCCUCAGCACAGGAUUCCAGGAAGUUUUUGAAAUGACCAAACAGAUGGAAUCACUCAGCCACUACAAAGAUGGGACCUAUAUCAUGUAAUCUUUAAUUAAAAUGUAUGAUGUUAGAUAAGGCAAGGCACAGUGUAAUAUAUUGUGCUGGACUGGUUUUCUGGGUACCUCAACAGGUUUUGUGUUAUUACAAGCAGGUUUGCACAUUGAUGUACAUGAAUUAUGUAUUGUAAUACAUUUUUACAGAGCUCUAGCAUUUUUCUUUAGGGAUCAGCAAUCUGAUUUUUGUAUUUGUCCAAAUUAUAAUUGUACAGAUAAAUUAUAUUUGAUAGUAAGUGUAACUUACUGUACCUAACCUGUCAUUAAAUAUGCAUCCAAAAUUAUGUCCCCUUCAUAUAAAUAUGGUGUUCAUUGAAUACAGUUUUCUGGGUCAGUGCACUAUUGUCUUUUGGUGUUAAUUUCACCAAACAAUAAAAUGUAAUUGGAUCUUU